AUGGCCCACGCCACAGAGACGACGUGCUCGCACGUCAACGACGAAGGCGACGGCCAAGCCGAAAAAGACGACGACGACCAGAACAACAACAAAGGCAACACAAAGGCAACAACAAAGAAGACGACAUCGACAUCAACGACCUCGACUACAACGACAACAACGCAGCGGCCCAUCCCACCCAACACGUUGGUGUGCACGUACGGGCCGGCGAUCACGGCGAGUUCACCGUUCCCCAAGGACGGCGUUUGCGACUACACCAUCCUGGAGCAGAUGCCCGCCUCACGUGCUGAGGACUUUGGCGAGCCGUACCCGCCCGAAGUGAAGCACUUCAUUGACACUGCGGCGCGGCACACGAAGACUGAGUUCGGCGUCGCCUUCGAUUACGAGUGA